AUGCUGCUGAAUCUUGGUCUUACAGCGGAUGCCGCAGCUGCUCACACUCCCGAUCCUAGCGCCCAGCCAGAAACGCCACCCGCGCCAUCUUCACCCUACUCUCCAGCCUUCUCCUUGGCUACUUUGCCAUUUUUGGGCUCUCUAUAUAACAGAACCAAACAGCCGGAUGGUCCUACCCAACCCAUGGGUUCCAUAUCUGGUGUGGCCAUGAGUCCGAUUGCAUUAAAACUGAGCGAGGGGGAGUCAUCCAAUUCUACUUCACCGGCCCUCACCAGACCUCGUGUCAGCCGCUCGAAUACGAUCACGGCGCGCAAGUCCACUCGCUCUAAGACCUCUUAUCAGCUUGCCCAUCCAGCCUCACAUGCUCGCCAUAAACGUUUGAAGCUUCGACCGAAGCUUUUGCUCCAGCUACAGCAGGUAUCGCAUACGCCUCGUCCCUUGCCCAUUUUGGACAUCCUACCGUCAACUAUAUAUCUGCCUCGAUUGGCUCGGAAGUUUCCUGCCAUGUUCCGUGGGAAGAAUGGUCUAGGUCCCAAUGAUUUGAUCAUUGUGAUGAGUGAACUUUAUGAACACACUGUCGCUAGUAUCCCAGAAAGACCUGUCAGCUCCGAGGGGGAGGACGAUGAUCACCGAGAAGUCGUCGCUACUAUCUGCCAGAUGUUUCAGGACGAUGCUCUUCAGAAGGGCAAGGCCGAGAUUUGCUUGAAUUUUGGACCGACAUGGGAGGCUACGCCGCUUCCGAGUGGUUCUUACGAAUUUGUCGCACGCACGGAAAAUGGUUUGCGAGUGAUGCGAUGGGCAUUGCGAGCCGGGAGGAACCGUCGAAUGUCCGCACAACCUAGCUCGGAGCCCCGCGAAGACACCAAGCGAUUCACUUUCAGUGUUAUCGAUCCGAAUACUCGUCGGCACCCAGUCAUUGCUUCCAUGACGCGCAACCAGUUAGAAGUGUUUGAUGAAUACUCCACCGUCACCCGAUCGAAUACCGGCCCUACAACCCCAAGCUCGGGUAUGUCUGUGAUCAGUGAUAUUUCUGACGAUGCACUGGAUUUCAAUACGGAUGCGAAUGUUGUCGCGCUUGAGGAUGGACUUCGCACGUUAAUAAUAAUCACCGGGAUCUGGGUCGCUUUCCGUGAAGGGUGGUCAAGUAAUUUUAAUUACGGCGAUCCGGUUUCAUCCCCCAUCGGCAAAUCCAUCGUUUCUCCAGUCACCUCGAAAUUUUGCGCGCCAACAAAUGUCAAAAGUGAAAACACCAGUCCUACACGUGGCGAUGAAUUGAAUGAAUUGAAGGAGGUAGUCAAUCGUGGCAAGCGCCUCGCGUCCACCUCGAGCGUUCGUCGUUCAAAUACCCUGUCACCUGUUGAUGGAGGGAAAUCCUUUGGAAGUCUCUCCAAGCGCUCAAACUCAACCGGCGCUGCAUUCAUGGACCGAGCAAAGCGACGAAGUGCCUCGGCAACCGGCAAUCGCCCCAACCGCCAUAGCGCGUUUGCAGGUGCUGGAGAGGACGGACGCGAGAUUGUUGUAUCUCGACCAUCAUCUAUUCGCCUAAACUCGGUUGAGGCUGAUAAUACCUUGCACGUCUCCCAGCUUAAAAAUAAACCCCAAACGAAGCCAACGAACGACAACCAUAAGUCCACAAAGACUGCACCACCACCGCCAUUGCAUCCAGAUUACCAUAAGGUCUGGGAUGCAGACGAUAUCAAAGAGCCUGAACUUGCCACUUCGCAAGGUGGUAAAGGCAAACGCCGACACCGAUUCAGUUCUCUUUUCACGAUUUUCCACCGAAAAGAAAAGGCCCAUUAA